GUAAAAGGAUGUUGUUCUUUACUAUUUAGAAACAAUUCUAUCAGAAAUUGUAUUUAACAGAAAUUUACUGCUUUUGCUUAAGUAGGAAAACUAAUUGUACAUGGAAAGUGAAACAGUAAAUGCUAACACAAAUACAAACAACUUAUUAUUACAUAUCUCCGUUACGUAGAGUAUGACUAGAGAUGUCAAUAUCCAUAUUUAACGUGUAAAUUUCAUAUCAGGUGCGUGACGUCAUUUCAGACGCCAUUUCAAUUGAUUGUGUCGCGUUAAAAUCUCAUUAACGGAUAUCUUUGUUAUUUCACCUAGGCUUAAGAACAAAUGUAAAUCAUUGUUAUAUUUAUAUACUGUUAAGAAUAGAUUCGUGUUGAGAAAUAUGCGCCCGUUCUGUCGCGUAUAAAUAAUACGCCCCAGAAAAUAUUUCUGCUGCGAAACUUAUACAAAUUUAUCGAUGCAUAAAUAAAAAUAUAUAAAUAUUGUUAAAUUACACUUCUGUGAGACGACUUUUACCAAUACCAUUGGAACUUAAAAGCGUUAAACAUGUACACGUCGCUUAAAUAUUUUAAGAAUAAUACUAUAUUGUUUUCUACAAUACAAUAUCAAAUUGCAACAUGUCACCCUAGGUUUAACUUUGUGUUGUACGAUAUUUCUAUUUAUGAGAAAAUGUGAAAAUAUUGCAUAAAGGAAUAGUAUGAACAUUAGAUAUUUUAGAUUAUGGAGACUAAAACCAGAACACAAGAAUUUCUAACCUUGUUAAGUGAAAACCGAACGACCGAGGCUAGGAGAAUACUUGGACAUGUAGAAUAUGAAUUAAGUAUGUUACCAUCUAAUUUGCCUCGUUCUCAAAAAGGUGUAGUGAAAGAGAUAAAUGUAAUCAUUGCUCGUUUAAAUGAAGGAUAUGACGGAUCAGCAAUCACUAAGGCUAAGACAGCACUAGCGAACUUUGCCCAGUACCGCAUGCACAGUUUUAUCAAGGUAAUUAUAUUUCUUAAUGGUUCCUUAAAUGUUUUUGUCGUGAACUCUUUCCCUAAACCUUUGAAUUGGCUGUAUGUUAUGUAUUAUUUAUAAAAUUAAUUGUCACGUUUUUUUUUUCUAUUUAUAUUGUAAAUGCAGAUUGGUGAUUAUAUGAAUAUGUGUUAAUUUUGAAAUUGUAUGAUAAUUAUAUAUGCUUAUAAGACCUUAAAUUAAAUGCUAAUAUGAAACGAAAAUAGAGAUUGUUAAGUGAAUUCGUAUAAUCUGCACUAAUAUUUCAAGCAGAUUAUUUGAUUUGCUAUUGUUUAUUAUCUUCUUCCAUUGGAUCCAAAAUUAGACAGAAAACCUCUAGUCAAAAUACAGACAAACCCUUUUAUCUUCAUUAUUAAUUAUAGGGUAAAUAUCCCUCACAACAAAUAAUGAACCAUACAUUAAUUUCGGAGCUUUCUUAGUAAAGAUAUCACAAGAUAUUAUGACCCCUCAUCUGGUCGCGGAGAUUCCUAUGUGGACAUUCCCGCACAAGUUAGAACACGUCGGAGAGUUGUUGGCUGGCAAAAUAUUAUGUCAGAUUUUUCUCACAAGGAACAUAGCAGAAAAGAAACCAAUGAUUUAUGGACUAUUGAAGCAAUACUUGAAGCAGGAGAAGGAACAGAGUUCAUUAAAGAAAGUAUGAAGUCAGGAAAAGGUACCGAUCGUGUACAAACAGACAAUGACGGCAAGAAAGAUUUCAACACACCUACACUUGUUGCUGAGAAAUUCACAGACCUUUACCACAAUGAGUGGGUAGAAGCUUUUGAAAUACUAAGCAAGGGAAAACUUCACGAGAGGUCAAUCAUUCAGUUGUUGCUGGAAGUCGUGGAAGAAGCUUAUAGGUUUUGUCAACAGGAGGCAGCACGUCAAGUGCAGGAUUUGCAUUCAGCGUUCCUUGACAUCCUGGAGUUCGGAACAAAUAUGGGAAAUUAUCGAGAAAGGCCCUCAAAAUCCAGUUUGAUUGCAAAGUACCGUAAGGAUAUGGCAGGAUCUGCCUUAAAAAAGCUUAUUCAGGGGUUCUAUGAUAAGAAAUUCAAGGAUAUUUGUAUUGCAAAGUUAGGGACGGUGCCUGAUAAAAAAGGAGUAGGCUCUAAUUAUGCAAACAAGGCUGUUGAAGUCACGUGGUGGAUGUGUGUGCAAGACCCACCGGUUUAUAUGAUUCCCACCAGUAAAGACGGUUUCGAUCCAAAACUGUAUACCGCCUACAGUAAAACGUCGAGUCAUCCAGAUUACUUCGUAUGGCCGGCAUUAAGAUAUUCCCAUAGCGGCGAAGUUCUACAAAAGGGCGUUGUGCAAUAUAAGUAGUUUUUAGUUCAUGCCUAAUGUACUAGUAGCAUUUUUGUGUUUAAUUCAGCAGUGUAUUGUUGAAAGAAAUGUAACAAGAAAUGUAUAGUGCUCAAUACAUUUCUUCUUUUCAUCUUCUGAUGUUUAUGAUAUAUGGAAAGUGAAAUGUUCAAUUUAGACAUUAUUUGUUAAUGAAAUAUUUUCAAUAAUAAGACUGUCCUUACUCUAAACUUGUAUUCAAUCAUCGGUAUGCAUGAAACAUGAUUUAACAAUAUAUUUGCUUAUAUGAUGGUAUAAUAAACUCGUAUACCUUG